AUGUUGUGUUACCUAGGAACUAACGUGAACAGUGGGGUUGUUUCUGAAGGACGGUGUAGUGUAGCACCACUGGUCCCAUCUUGGUUUGACAGAGAAGGGAGAGCAGAGCGAACCGUCCAUAUUACCGCUGCUUUGUCAGCACUUUUCACGGUGAUGGACCCUCCUGGUGGGGGAGAUGAACGGCGGAGGCAGGCAGAGCGUCUUCGUCGGGAGGAGGCAUACUAUCACUUUAUUAAUGAAUUGAGUGAAGAGGAGUACCGCCUAAUGAGAGACAGCAACCUGCUUGGCACCCCUGGGGAGGUGACGGCUGAGGAGCUUCGGCAGCGUCUUGAUGGAGCAAAAGAGCGCAUGUCAUCUCAGCCGCGUACUGAGCAGCGCUCGCAGACUGCUGAUUCUGGAGAGCAGCAGGGCAGUAGCAGCGAUGGAGAGGAGAGAGGGACUGGAGGGAGACGAGGAGCAGGGGCCACAGAGCCUGGAGCAGAAACUUCUAAUGGUGACUCCUUACUGGAGUGGCUGAACACUUUCAGACGUACUGGUAAUGCUACUCGCAGUGGGCAGAGUGGCAACCAAACAUGGCGUGCCGUCAGCCGAACCAAUCCCAACAGUGGAGAAUUCCGCUUUAGCCUGGAGAUCAACAUUAACCACGAUCAGCCAGAGCCAGGGGAGCAUAAUGAUGCUGCGGACACUGCAGAGCUGCCAGUGACUGUCCCAAACACGAUCUCACCCUCUAUACGCACUGCUUCCUCUUUCUCCAGCCCUCGCCCUUCAACCACGCCAAGGCCAGUCCCGUACCCCACCCCCCGCCCAGCCCUCAGUAGGAGGAUGCAGACACGGCGUACACGCAGCAGCACUACCACUCUCUCUAUGAGCCCCCCUGCACUUCCUGCACCAGUGGCCGCCCCGGCUGCUGCUCAGAGGAGAAGUGCCACUUUGCACUCUUUAGCACCUCCUCCUGCUGUUCCCAACCCGCCUCUCGAUCAAACGACACCUUCACAACAUCAAGCCCUGAAUGCAGAAGUAGAGCAGGGCAGUGAUGAUAUGUCUGCUUCUAUAGACUGUCCUCGUGUGUCCUCGCAGGCUGGGCCUCAGGCCCCAGUAGUGGGACACGAACCCCGUGGCAGUAGGACUCGAUCACGUGGUCGUGCACGCAGGGCUGCAGCAGGGGGUGGGGUUUCAUCCCGCCUGUCACGGCGCAGCCGUUCCCCCUUGCAUAGAGUACCUGUUGCCAGUACCACUCCACCAUCCAGCACUGGUGUCAGUGUCUCUAGCAUUCACAAUGUUGAGCCAGGCAGUGGCACCAGCUCUGUUUCCAUGGAGACCGGGGAGGCUGCGGCAGAACCUGUCACUCUAACAGAGCCAGCUGUGGAGACAGUAGAACGCGAAAGUGAAUCGCAUGUAGUAGGAGCAGGAAGUUCAGCGGUGCGACGGCACCCAACCAUCAUGUUGGACCUGCAGGUGAGACGGAUUCGACCUGGUGAAAACCGCGAUCGGGACAGUAUUGCCAGCAGAACGCGUUCUCGUGCCCGGGUUGCCGAGAAUACUGUCACAUUUGAGAGUGACAGUGGUGGAUUUAGACGCACGAUCUCCCGCUCUGAGCGGGCCGGGAUCCGUACUUAUGUGAGCACUAUCCGGAUUCCCCUGAGGCGCAUUAGUGAGACAGGCUUGGGGGAGCCCAACUCCACCGCCCUGCGCUCCAUCUUGCGCCAGAUCAUGACCGGAUUUGGGGAGCUGAGCUCUCUAAUGGAGACAGAGGCUGAUUCUGAAACUGUUGCACCUAGCCACACAGACGCUAGUGUUACAAAUAGUAGCACCAGCCCAGCCAGUCGUCUACAUACAAAUGAGAGUGAAGUGGGCCAGGUUGGUACAGGUGGGGUAGAUCCGGAGAGGGUGGGGCUGGUGGGAAGUGAGGACGACCAGGGUGGGCAGGCCAGGCUCGGAGGAGGAGUAGUGAGCACCACAGAGGGACGAGCCACCAGCAGAGACACCAACAACCUAGUAGAAAACGGUACUCUCCCCAUCCUGCGGCUGGCACACUUCUUCUUGCUCAAUGACGAGGAGGAUGAUGAACACCCCAGAGGCCUGACCAAAGAGCAGAUUGACAAUCUAUCCACGCGUACCUAUGGUCAGGCCAACCUGGAGGGAGAGAUGGGUCGUGCGUGCAGUGUUUGCAUCAAUGAGUAUGCCCAGGGCAACAAGCUGCGCCGCCUGCCCUGCUCCCACGAAUUUCACAUCCACUGCAUCGACCGCUGGCUGUCUGAAAACAACACCUGCCCCAUCUGCAGGCAGCCCAUCCUUGCAGUGCAUCAUGACUGACCUAUUUGCUCACAAACACAACUAUCAAGUUCCUGGCUGGCUGAACUGAGCAGACCCAAAUGGGCUUUGCAUGUACAUAGCGCUUUCAUGGUUUAAUUUCUUUGAAAAUAUCCAUUGUGUUGAAGUUGAAGAAGGUUGAACCAAAAGUGCAGAAAAAAAAGAAACUAUAAAUGCAGAGAAUUAACAAAAUUUUAUUUUUUUAGACUCUUUGUUUUCAGCAACAAACUUUUAUUUUCCUCUUCCUAUGACCUGUUUCAGUGGUCUCUGUCACAAAGCUUAAGAGGCCCAUGUCAAUGGAUGGCAUUAUUGCUUAAGGAGCUCCUGUAGCCGCUGCUGACUAGUCUCACUUUAACUCUUUAAUGUCUGAUACAUGUGACGUCUCUUUGUCACAACUGGACUACACAAAUCACUUCUAGACUUGAUUUAUUCAGUAUAAGCUGUAAAUAACUCAACACUGCUUGUAUUUAAGGGUUUUGAAGCAGGCCGUUCCUCACAUGCCAUCUGUUUAAAAUGAAAGCAGGAAACUUUUUUUUUACAUUCACCAUUUUAAAGCUUUGUCAUCCAUUUUAAAGUGUCCCUUUACCGUUGGUUAAGAAAUGUAUGAUUUAUUGGGAUGUGUAUGAGCUAUGUAUUUAAUUUUGAAAUAAGUUUUAUUCUGUAUGUCUUCUGGUAUUUGUUAAGCCGCUUCCAUAGAAUUGUUCCGUAUAAUUGCAAUACAGAAUUCAUCCAUUAAAGUCACCCGCUAAAAUCAGCCACUUUAAUAUUAACAUUACCCAUAUGAGCAGCACAAUUCAUAUGAAAUGCAGAAGGCAUGUUGAUAAUCAGGAAUGCAGAUAUGUAAUUUAGAGUUGUGCAAUAUGGAGAGAAAAGACAGUAUUGUUUGUUUUGCUGUUCAUUGUUUACAUUGUAAUGCCUGAUUAUCAUCUCCACUUAAAAUCAGUCUUGUUUACCCUGAAA